ACGCCGAGCUAACAAUGUGCGGAAACGCGUCGCGUUUCGCCUCGAAGCAACUGGAAGUUGUCGAAACGCGGCGAAGUACGACGUCAAACCACUUCAGCCUGAUUUAUUUUCGUUUGCGUUAGCGAGAUGGGUUACACAAAGCAUACGAUUUACCGGCUGCGGACGCUGGCGCGCCUUCAAUUUUACGGCGCGGAAUUCCACCUCGACGAGGUUGCGCUAGAUAUUCGGCGGAUUCUCGGAGUUAUCGAAUGUGGAUAGACAAUCGUUUCGUUCCAAUGUCGCACUGCGCAGGAUAAAGGACGCACGUCAUCGAUUGACAAUUAUUGGCCUCUCGAGAAAUAAAUAUGCCAAUAGGACGAGUAAGGAGGGAUGCGACAAGGAAUUCAACAGAUGAAUAAAGAAAAGCUCAUGUGGAUUGCGACGUGGCGCGAUGAGGCUUUCGGAAGUGAAGUGCGGGAAAACGGAGUCGAGACUUUCCCGCGAUUGCCAGGAAAUCCGCUGAAUGCCGCGGGCAGUUAAGGGGGGAGAGAGAGAGAGAGAGAGAGCGAGAAAGAAAAAGACAGAGAGAGCAUCUCGGAGAUCAAAAAUAACUGUUACGGGGAAAGAGGGAAUAGAACAAAUUCGGCGGUUCCGGGAAGGAGGGGGGCCUGAUGAUGACUGUCUUCUGGUCUCCGGUGCUUUCGCUUUUCCGAGAGUCCAGUGUGUUUCGCCACCCCCAAGGAAUCCGCAUGCUCCACGUAUAUCAGCGCGAAGCGAUCGACAAGUAGAUCAAUCAAGGCGCCAACAUGGCCACUGAGAAAGCGAGACUCGUGAACAAGCAGUUCAACUCUCCCAUUAAUUUAUACUCGCCGCAAGCGAUACAGGAGACUUUAGACAGGCAAACUCAAGUCCUGGCGAACGGUGCAGUCGGAAUCGACUUCAAUCAGUUGGCCAAGCCAACGAAUCUGCAGAAUAGCGCGGUUCUGCGUAUGCUCGAGGAAGAAGAGGCGAGGCAACGCGGUGGUCAUCCCAAUUUCAAACGAGUAGCUUGGCCACCGCCGCCAGAGGAUCAGGACUUCGACAGCUACGUGGAGCAAGGUCCCGUCCAAGCGAAGACCCGUGGGCUCGGUGACGUCGGCUCGUACCAGAGCAGUCCCUCGCCAGGUCCGUCGCCCCAACCGCCCGUCGCGCGGUCGUCGACGCGGAGCGCCGUCCCGUCGUCCCCGUCGCCCGUGAGCCCCGGCGGCACGCUUCUGCGACAACCCUCGCACUUCCAGCAGCAACAGACGUCCCCGAGGAACUGGGUGCCGGUGACACCCCCGGCGACCUCGCCGCUCCCGCAGCAGCAUCCUUUAUCGCCGAGCCAGCCGCAGCCGCAGAUCGGGUCUCGGCAGCAGCACCCCCAGGAUCCGUACGACCGGGCACCGCAGCAGAAUCAAUCGUCCCCUGCGGCGUUCGAGGCACCGCCCUCCACUAUCAUCCUUCGUCCUGAGCCCCCCAUCUCGCAGGCACCAGCGCCGGUGUAUCAGGCCCAACCUGCGGCAACCAAGGCUCCGGCGACAGGCAACAUGCGAGGGGACCUGAAGUGGCCGCCGCCGACCGUGAAGGCCCAGGUCGAGGCGGAGAACCGCGCCAGGGUGGAGCUCGCGAGGGGUCCCGUCUUCAGGCCGCGCCGAGUGCACAAGGACUAUAGCGGCUUCUUCGCGCAGCACGCCCUCAACAGCAGCUACCCGGGCUAUCGGGCGCCACCGGGCACUCAGUACUUCACCCCGGCUUACCAGCAUUAGCGAACGCUCCGUGUCGAGCGGCACGCACCGAAGCGCCGUCCUGAGUUUCUCGUCGCGCGCGACCGGAUUAUCGCCGUUCGCGAACGCCUUCGAAGUCGCCGAGACGCUCAGGACGCUGUUCGCGGACUGUCCGAGAUCCGCGAAGAAACCGGAGAAGCGCGCGAAAAGAACGUAGAAAAAUGUUAGCACUGUAAAACGAAUAAAUUUGCGUCGCAAAAUCUCGUCUCACGAUGUGAUAUUUUUUUUUUUUAUCUUGGGCCGCGAGUCUGCGUGCGAUUUUUCAAGUCGUGCUGUCGCUUUUUUUUCCAGAACGCGGUCCAAACGCGAAGGGAAGGAGUGUUAUUUCCGCAAAACGUUUCACGAGCUUCUCCGGUUUCUAAACAGACUUCCAAUUUGGAUAUCAAGAAACCUGUGUAUACAGAGACUGAACGGUUGCCUUUCAUCUUUGCAGGAUAGCGUAAAUCAAUAACGAUUGCCAGAAGUCCAGUUUAUUUGACGGCAUUCGGUUUGUUAUUUGGGAAUCAUCGUUCAAAAGUUCUCAAUCUUACGAUCGCGUUUUCUUUUCGUAAUUUGCAAAUUAAGGAAAUGAAUCUUCAAAUAUAUUAAUACUUUUAAUAAAAUUUUGAGUUCCAUGUCCACCUUCUUUCUCCGGUAAGUCUUGCUUAGACGAACGCGUUCACAAGCUUGGGAAAUUCUGAUUUAGAUAAAUUCAAUGUUGUGAUAGAAUUAACACAUUGCGAACACAAUUGCAGAUUUACAAAACUAACGCUUGCCAUACAAAAUCAUGAGAGUGGCGGAUCAGAGACAAGUUUCGAGUGAUACUGGCAAAAUUUGUAUUUUUAUUGCGAAGACAACGUCGACACGGAGAGAUAACGAACGUCGAAUAGACGCAAAUCCGCGAAAUAAACGAUCGAGUCGAAUAAAGAGAAAAAAAAAUGUAUACGGGGAGAAGAUUACUGAAGGAUCAUCCGAAACACGACGCAUUUUGUCGCGCGAUUCGGUCUGCCCGUCAACUAACCGAGACGAAUCAUUUUUAAUAAUGUAAUAUAUCGAUGUGAAUAAAUAAAUAUCUUUAUCA